AUGAUUCAAUUGAAAGGAAAGGUUGCAUUGAUCACAGGUGGAAGUGCUGGGCUUGGUGCAGCUGUGGCUCGGCAAUUGGCCUCCGAAGGGGUUGACUUGGCAAUAAACUACUGCCAUUCACAAGACAGAGCCAGUGCACUUGCCAAAACGCUUGCAUCUGAAUUCAAUGUCAAAACUGUCAUCCUCCAAGGUGAUGUUUCCGAAAAUUCUGUUCCCGAAAAGUUGGUGCUGGAAGCUGUGGCCCAGUUGGGACAUCUCGAUAUUGUCAUCUCUAAUGCUGGUUGGACAAAGAUGGUACCAUUUGAUGAUAUUGAUCUGCUCGACGAUGAGCUCUGGGACGGCUGCUUCUCCAACAACGUCAAGUCACACUUUUAUCUAUUCCGGGCUGCCAAGAAGGUAUUUGACAAUAAUGAAGAGGGUGGAACUUUCAUUGUUUCUGCCUCAGUAGCUGGCAGAAUGGUCUACGGCUCAAGUAUUCCUUACGCUGUCAGUAAAGCUGCAUUGAUCCAUCUUGUCAAGAUUCUUGCAAAGACUCAAGGUCCCAAAGUUAGAGUACAUGCGGUUUGUCCGGGUUUGUUGUUGACCGACUGGGGGAAAAGAUUUCCACAGGACCGUAUCGAUAAGUCAAAGCAGAUUUCUCCCAUCAAUGCAAUUCCUGAUGUUGAGGAAACAGCGGCUCAAUUUGUGUUGCUAUCAAAGCUUGCUACUUCUACUGGCUCGAUCGUAGCCCAGGAUGCGGGCAUCUCUCUAUAG